AUGACGAACCAGGCUUCGCCAGUUGAAGAGCAGGAAAAGCUUCUGGAAGAAGCUUUAAAUGUAGUUAAAGUGCAGGCAUUUCAAAUGAAGAGAUGCUUGGACAAAUCAAAGUUAAUGGAUGCUUUAAAGCAUGCAUCUACAAUGUUGGGAGAAUUACGUACAUCCCUUCUGUCUCCUAAGAGCUACUAUGAGCUAUAUAUGGCCAUAACUGAUGAGCUACGGCACCUUGAACUUUACCUUCUAGAAGAGUUCCAAAAAGGGCGUAAAGUAGCAGACUUGUAUGAAUUGGUUCAAUAUGCUGGUAACAUUGUUCCACGUCUCUAUUUGUUGAUCACUGUUGGCUUGGUGUAUAUUAAGACUAACACAAACUUAAGAAGAGAUCUCUUAAAGGAUCUUGUUGAGAUGUGUCGUGGUGUACAGCAUCCACUGCGGGGAUUGUUCUUGCGCAACUAUUUAUUACAGUGCACGAGAAACAUUCUCCCUGAUACCACUGAAGCACAAAAUGAAAACGAGGGAACUGCACGUGACGCUAUUGACUUUGUGCUGAUGAAUUUUGCUGAAAUGAACAAGUUGUGGGUGCGAAUGCAGCAUCAGGGUCACUCAAGAGAUAAAGAACGACGCGAGCGUGAAAGAUCCGAACUCCGUAUAUUAGUUGGGACGAAUUUGGUUCGUUUGUCGCAAUUGGAGUCUGUGGGAGUGGAUGACUAUAGGCGUCUCGUGUUGCCUGGGAUUUUGGAACAAGUUGUCAGUUGCAGAGAUGCGAUAGCCCAGGAAUAUCUUAUGGAGUGUAUUAUACAGGUAUUCCCUGACGAGUUCCACCUGGCGAAUCUGCAGCCAUUUUUAAAAUCCUGUGAAGAACUACAACCCGGAGUCAAUAUAAAGAACAUUAUUAUUGCUUUAAUUGAGCGAUUGGCUGCGUUUAGUCAGAGAAACGAAGGCAAUGUCAACUUAAGCGUGGUUCUAGAAGAUGGGAAAGAAGAGGAGGUGCAAUUGUUUGAAGUUUUCUCGGAUCAAGUCGCUGCUAUCACUCAGAGUCGCACAGACAUGCCAUCCGAAGACAUGCUAUCCCUCCAACUGGCUUUACUUAAGUUGGCGCAACGCUGUCACCCAGACAAACUGAGUUACGUGGACCGAGUAUUGGCUCACACGGACAGGAUCUGCACUGAUAUUCAGCAGGCGAGCGGCAAAAACCACAUAGAACACAACACGCCAGUGUUCAAAGAGCUGAUGAAGAUUCUGAAGCUCCCGGCAGACCAUUACAAGAACAUCUUAACAUUGAUCAAACUCCAGAACUACGCGCCUCUCAUCAAUCGCCUCAACCAACCUGGAAGGCUGAUGAUUGCUGUGCAUUUAAUCACGGAUGUUAUAGAGAGCGAUACUACUGUGUCUGCACCAGAAGAUGUUGAUUCAGUACUCUCAAUGGUUGAUGUGUUGGUGAAGGAUCAAACUGCUCAAGUAGACGAGAAUAAUGAGGACUUUGUAGAAGAACAGGGACUCAUGGCCAGACUGAUACAUCACUUCAAAUCGGAUUCAGCCGAUCAGCAGUAUCAAAUACUGAGCACAGCGAGGAAAGCGCUUCAAAGCGGCGGCGUCAAGCGGAUUCAGCAUACUUUCCCACCUAUAGUGUUCCACGCGUACAGACUGGCUUUCAUCUACAAGGAUCUUAAGGAUCAGGAUGAGAUGUGGGAGAAGAAAUGCCAGAAGAUCUUCCAAUUCUGCUAUCAGACCAUCGGGAUGCUGGUAAAAGCUGAGUUGGCUGAACUGCCUCUAAGAUUAUACCUGCAAGGGGCACUGGCAAUAAGCGAAAUAGGUUUCGCAAACCACGAGACGAUCGCAUACGAAUACCUCUCGCAGGCUUUUACCUUAUACGAAGACGAGAUUUCGGAUAGCAAGGCACAGUUGGCCGCUAUAACCCUCAUUAUCGCCACUUUUGAACAGAUCAAUUGCUUUGGUGCUGAAAACGCUGAACCCAUGCGUAAUCAGUGUGCAUUGGCAGCUAGUAAGUUACUCAAGAAGCCAGAUCAGAGUCGCGCUGUUGCGUUAUGUGCUCAUCUCUUCUGGAAGGGGGCAAAGGACGGGAAACCGUGGGCCCUAAACGCAGAAACGAGAGCUCUAGAAUGUCUCAAAAAGGCAGCGAAGGUCGCCCAACAAUGUAUGGACGGAGGUGUACAGGCGCAACUGUUGGCAGAACUAUUGGGAAGAUACGUUCUGCUCAGAGAGAGAGGCUGUGAGGCGCUUACCACCAACCUCAUACAAGCUAUAAUUCAAAAGAUCCGUGAAGAGUUAGCAAAUCUGGACCAGAGUGAAGAAGUGGAACAAGUAACAAAGCACUUCCAUAAUACCCUUCAGCAUCUUCAAAGUCGUAUGGAAUGCCCAGACCCAGAUUCACUUGGGUAUGAGGGGUUGCAACUAGCCUAA